UGCAAAUUUGAUAAACUUCCCGAUAGUUAAUAAUUGAAUUGUUUCAUUAUCGGACGCAAGGUAAACAACUUUGUCAGAAGUAUCAUGGCGAAUAUUGUUGUUGCGUAUAUAUGCUGGGUGCUAGGUGGACCGUUGGGACUGCAUCAUUUUUAUCUUGGUAGAGAUAAACAAGCGUUUUUGUGGUGGAUGUCUUUAGGUGGUUUCUUUCUCGGAUGGAUACGUGACUUGUGGAGACUUCCUGAAUAUCUUUAUGAGGCAAAUAAAGACCAAAGAGUUCGUGCCAUAUUCCAGGCAAGGAUAGCAAAACACCCGCAACCACCGUGGAAAAUUGCGAGGUUCGCUGGUCAAAUGUUGAUAGGGACAAUGAUGAGUUACUUGUUGAGACUGGCUAUACCAGACUUUGUUCUAAACAACAUGGAGUAUGGUUUGGAUCAUGUGUUUAAAGUCAUAUUACCAGUAAUAGGUGCAGCUAUAGGUGUUAGCCUAGUUUCUAAUAUAGGAGUACAGAAGGUGUCAUUUAAGUGGUGUAUUCUGGGAGCAGCCAUUUCAACACCUUGGCUUUUAUUAGAGAGUCCAUCAUCUAUUACCUAUGCUUCUCUAUUUUCCACGUUUAUGGCAAUUGAGAAGAGAGAAUGGGACAUUGAAAAAGAAGCGCCCACAGGGGUUUGUAACUUUAUUAAGCGUGUAAUAGUUUUAGCUUUAUGCGGCUGUAUAUAUAUGACUCUGUGGGGCUCUGUGAUAUGUUUCAACAUGCACGUUGUGACCAGUGAUGGGAUGGAUGUUCCAAUGUACGAAGCUAUUGGUAACUUUUUUGAAUCUCCAGCCUGGAAAGAUUUUAAGAAGACGAUGAACGAACUGUACGAGUUUUGCCAGGUGAAUGAUUGGGACACGUGUUACCAGAAACUUGUAGAACAUCUCGAUCCUACAGGAGAAGCCCAUGCUUAUAAGGUGUUAGAAUUUGACGGACUCAGUGCUCAUCUGGAUGAAAUCCAGCCAAGAUGUCGUAAACUUAGUCGACAGUAUCAUCCCGAUAAAUUUAACACAGCCGCAGAAAAACUAGCAGCACAAGAAAAAUUCAUAGAAAUUCAGAAAGCCUGCGGCAUUCUGAGCAACAUGCGGAAAAGACGUGCGGAGAAAAAUAUGAAAUCUGAUUCUACAAAAACGCCAGACACAGACCAUAGAAGAACUGAAUUUUAGUGUUGUUAUUUUACCAAAGUUGUUUUGCAUAAUUUUGUACAAUAUUUUCCAACAGAAUAUAUAUAAAUAUAAUUUUUUAUUGAUUAUUGAUCUGAUCAUUUUUAAAGUGUAAAAAUUGAUGUACCUUAUAUUCUAAAAGAUUUUAAACCAUUAAAAAUUGAAGAAAUGUGAAGGAGAAGAAUAUCAGUUAUCUUUUUGUAUAGUGUAUAAUUAUAGACUUAUAGCUUGAACCUUUACUUAUAGCUUAAACCUUUACUUAUAGCUGAAACCAUUACAUUUGCUGAUUUCUUGUAGAUAUUCCACUUUCGAAUGAUCCAUCUGUAUUCAAAGUAUGCUCAAGUCAAAAAGUAUUUCAUGUAGUAAAGAAUAAUGCAGUCUUUAUUCUCUGAAACAUUAAGAAAACUGUAAAAUUCAUGUACAGUACAAAUAAUUCAUUAUGGUUUCAUAAAUGUUGACAUGUUAGACUGGUAUAUUGUUAAUAUUGAACAAUGGCCCAGGUUUUUUUUCUUCAACCCAUUUGGGUCAUUUUUAACAGGGUCAUAAUUUAUUCUUGCAUAUCAGACAGGAUUAUCUACCGUUUACAUUGUUGCUAGAAAAAUCUGUCUUACACCCCCAUGUAAGACAAAAAAAAAUAGAUAAAAACAGAAUCCCUAAAGAAAGCCCAACACGGCAAAAUUGAAAAUGUUGCAGGCUCGGUUUGAUUGAGCCUGUUUAUGGACGGUACUGGAAAGUGCAAUUUACCUUCCACGCCCCCUAGCACCGGCUUAAGCAGAAUUCAACAUUUAAACGUGAAAUAGUAAAAUUUUGAAUUUAGAAACAUCCGCAGAUGUGUUCAUACGGCGGUUAUCAUGGAACCUUCAAGGUGACACUUCCGUGCCAUUCCAUGAAAAGCGGCGUAUGGUCCCCAAGUAACAAAAGGCGUGUGCCCUAAACGAGAAAACAAUGGGCGGAACUAAAUAAAAUGGAAUUUUGAAAGGGGAUCAGAGGUUAUGAAGCCUGCGUAUCACAGAUAAGACGUCAAAAGACAAAUUUAAAAAGCAGGCAACAUAUCUUAAGGGUGAUUCAACAUUAUUCAAGUAGGAAUAUUGGAACCACCCAACUAGAAAAUGCCGAAAAGUUGAAACUAAAAAUACCACAAGCACAACAAUUAUGUCGUGCUGAACGAUCUUCAAGGAUCGAAAAUAUAACAUCAUUGAUUAAAUGUACGGGGAGACUUUUUACAGCCGCCACACGGCACAAAUAACACGGAUGUGAACUCGCGUACUUUAAACUUUAAAGUCGCGUACUUUAAAUGCCGUCUUUGACGCGCGCCUUUUAUUAUGAAUGAAUUGCGUUCUUAUGAUGACGUAAUUUUAUCGUUAUGAAUGAAGUUGUAAGUUCAUACGCUUCUAUAAGAAAAAGGUGCGUAAUGAGAAUAUCAGUUUUUCGCAAUUUCUGUUUUGAAAAAAAUUUAUAUGUGAUAUGCAAGAAAAAGAAUCAAACACCGGCUGUCGGUACAGACGGGAAUAUCUAGCUCUCGGGUAACUGUUAAGCGGAAACUCGGCAGAGCCUCCAGCUAGAUAUUCUGGUCUGUACCGGCAGCCAGUGUAAGAUUCUUAUAAUGUUACACAUGCACACUUGUGCUAUCUGAUCACCGUCUACAUUGUUUGCUGUUUAGUUAGUAUGAUAUAUAUUUAUAUCAUUUUUGAUUUUUCAUAUCAUUUCUGAUUUUUCACUAAAAUAAUGAAUGUUUUUUUUCCAACAACGAUAAAUGGGCAAGUCUGUUAUUUAGCCUGAUAGGUGUUUUAUAAUAUUUUAGAGUGUGAUCUAAAUAUAUGCAUGCAUAGCUCUCAUGUUACUGUAUAGGUGGAUAGUUUUGCGUGUCAAAAGUUGUUGUAAUCACAGUUUCGGAAGUUUUUAAGACAUUAAGCAUGAGGAAAAUGUUUGCGAAUCUUGAAUCCUGGUUUUUUGUGCAAUCUACAUUAGAUUUUACACUUAUUCUUACAGUAUAUUCAUAUCUUUAAGAUAGCGUUAAAGCCCGCUAAUGUAAUCGUUAAACUACAGCGCGUCAAUGAAAGAUGACUAUUUUUAACAGAUUACCAUUUUUAUUUUAUAUUAUGUGAUAAAUAGAAUAUUAUAUUCGUCUAGAUUCAAUACUUAAUUUAUACAACUAGAAGCUCGCAUAAUAAAUUUUAUUUAACUCGUUUAAUAAAUUCAGUUUUAAACCUACAUUCAUUCAGUAUCCUCAAUGCAUGCAAUUAUGUCUCAUUUUACUGUGUAAGUGGAUAUAUUUGUGCAUCAAAAAGUUGUUGUUAUCACAGUUGAAAGAUUUAUAAAUAAAGCAUGAGAAAAUGUUUGUGAAUCAUGAAUCCUGCUUUUUGUGCAAUCUACAUUGACAGUAUAUUUUCAUAUCUUUAAGGAAGUCUUAGUGUAAGCCAAUAUUGUAGCAAAUCGGUUAUUUCCCGAAUGUUAUUUUUUUCACAUUAGAUAUUUUUUGGACAUUAGAUUAUUUACACAUGUAUUUGUAAAGGUUAUAGAGAUGCAUGUGUCUUUGGGCAAAGAAAUUUUAGAUUUUUAUCUAUUUGUUGAUUUAAUUUGAUACGGAUAUAUACAUAUGUAAAUUAAAAGCUUUGCUGCAUACUGUUAUUUAUAUUGAAAAAUCAACAAAGGUAGUGAACAAUGUUUUUUAUGCAUUUUCUUUUGUAUAAAAACAAAUAUUUUACUGUGAGAGGACAAGUUAAAGGGUAUGAUUAUAGCAAUAACUAGUGAAAUAUACUACAAAAUAUUUAUAUAUUUUUUUUCAUAUAUCCUAAUGGUCCAGACUUAAAGAGAUAUUUUGGUAGAAAUGAACUCCAUCUAUCGAUCUGCACUACCAAAAAUAAAUAGGGGGCUAUCUAAUGGUAAUCAGAACAUAAGAGAUAAACCUCAUUCUGUAACAAUAGUAUUAGAGGUCAAAGGUUGCAGAGUAUAUUUUGUGUCCUGUCCAUAACCUUUUCAUCUAUCAAAGGGGUUUUGUUUUUAUUACUUGGCACAAAUGUUACCAUUAAAUGUGCAACACCCAUACCCCUACAGAUGAGGUCAUACUUUGAGAUCACGGAUUGAGAUCGUCUCUUGGUAGUUGUACAUUUUGUAUUUCGUGUCCAUUCCAUAACUUUUUCAUCUAUUUACAGAUUUUGAAGUAACUUUGCUUAAAUGUUCACCAUAAUAAGAUUGCUUGCCAUGCACAAUUAUUUUGGGUUUUUUUUUCCAGCUAAUCCGUUGGUAUAAAUAAACUAUUACAGUUACAGCUUUAAAAAUAAGCGCAACAGGUUGUUUUAUCUAUUGUGAUGGGAAGUGCACUGUUAAGCUAUAACGGUAAAUUUCGUUUGUACCAGACUAAGAAUUAAUAUAAUUUCUUAGUAUUUUUCUUUAUUAUCUGUUUCAUAUUUAUUUCAUUAUAAUGACCCAAUUUUUAUUUAAGUAAGAUUUUUCAAAUUUUAUCAAUUUUGGCUGAACGUGGGGAUUAUCAUGGAAUUUAAGAUCUACAUUUGCUGAGUUCCAUCAAAUUAUCUCAGACAUCUCAAGAUGAUGGAAUGGGGCGUAAGUGGCCGAGUGGUUAAGGUUGUUGACUUCAAACCACUUGCCCCUCAACACUGUGGGUUCGAAUCUAGACAGGGACUUUAGAUUCUUUCAUGUGAUGAAUCUAUCCAGCUUGCUUACGGAACGUCGGUAGAUCUACUCAUGUGCCCUUUCGUGCCUGAAAUAAUGUUCGGUAGCGCACCUGAGGUCUUCCUCCACCAGUAAAGCUGGAAUGUCGCCAUAUGACCUAUAGUGUGUCGGUGUGACGUAAAAACCAAUCAAACAAACAAAAGUAUCUGGAAUGAAAAGAGAUUAGUAAUUGUGUCACUGGCGGUGAAAUUGGUAAUUACUGUGUAGUUAUUCAGAUUGACCGACUGCCAAUAUAUGACCAAAUAUGAGUAGUAAAAAUAGGAAUAAACAGUUAUUAAACAACAAGACAGCCCAACAACGAAGAGAUUAUACUGUAGGUUAAUAUACCCUUUAACUUAAAGUUUGUUAAUUGAACCAAGAUAUGUCUUUAAAUUAUUCCAUUAUUCCGGCCAUUUGCUUUGUACAUACAUACUUUAUAUUUUGUAUAACCAGCUUUUUGAUAUUGUUUUCAUAUAUUGUUAUAUGUAUAUUGGAUAAACUUACAUAAUGAAGAAGACAUGCUGAAUUUGUGCUUAGUUAGGAAACAAAAAAAAACAUGUCAAAGAGAUACUAGUUUUCUAUCUUGUUACUGAAUACAAAAUGUAUACCAUAUAUAAAUAUAUAUUUUUUCAUGAAAGGAUCUAAUGUUAUAAAGUGCUUUAAUAAUACAACAAAAAUCACGGAAUAUAAUUUUUGUCUGCAAAAAAUCAUGGAAUCUUGGAAAGUUAAAAUCAUUGUUGUCAUAAUUUAUAAAUCAUUGUCUACAAAUAAUUUGUUGAAAUUAAUAUUUUUGAACCAUUUAAGGUAAAACGUUGUGCUAACUGUUCUGUUAUAGGAUUAAAGUGGAUAGGUAUACAGUGGGCACAUUUUCCAUAAAAUUUUCAAAUAUUGCUAAAAACAAUAGAAAUGUAUCAUUUGCAUAUUCAUAUAAAAAUUGUUUGAACAAAAUUUGAAUAAAAUUUAAAUGUUGAUAUAGUUCUAUUAAUGACUUAGAAUGAACAUUUAUAUGAUGAAUAAUAAUAUUUUGUUCUAGAACACUUUAUUAUCUACUAUAUAAAUAUAUAUUAUUGGAUCAUGUAUCUCCAACUUGCCAACAACUUCCAUUUAUGGUACCGUCAUGGUUUGUCGUUAUAACUGAUGUAAAACACUUACAUUGUUAUUAAUUAUUUUAUUACAGACUUUCCAUUCUAGACCAAUUCAUUUAAAUUCUAGACCAAUUCCUUUUUAAUUCUAGACCAAUUUACUUUAAUUUUAGACCUAUUCACAUAAAUUCUAGACCUGUUUACUUUACUUCUAGACUAAUUUGCUUUAAUUCUAGACCUAUUCACUUUAAUUCUAGACCUCUUCAUCACUUUUAUUCUAGACCAAUUCAGUUUAAUUCUAGACCAAUUCACUUUAAUUCUAGACCAAUUCACUUAAAUUCUAGACCGAUUCACUUUAAUUCUAGACCAAUUCACUUUAAUUCUAGACCUAUUCACUUUGAUUCUAGACCUAUUCACUUAAAUUCUAGACCAAUUCACUUAAAUUCUAGACCAAUUCACUAAAAUUAUUCUAGACCAAUUCACUUAAAUUCUAGACCAAUUCACUUUAAUUCUAGACCAAUUCACUUUAAUUAUAGACCUAUUAACUUAAAUUCUAGACAUAUUCACUUUAAUUCAAAAUAAAAAGAAAAAAGAUUUGCUCAUUUUCAAGUUUAAUUUCAAAAACCUCUUUUUCAUUUCAUUGCAUUGCUGAAGGUUUUAUUUUAUGUUGUUGUUGUUUUGCUGGUAAACAGUAUUGAGAUAAAUAACAAAGACUUUUUCUAAAACAUGGAGCCUAUGCUUUUCAAACUUUAAUUUCGAUUUAGAUCAAACAAACAAACUAACAAAAUGAAUAUAUGACUAUAAUUUUAUUUUGAUAUUAGUAUAUAUACAUAAUUUAUUUGAAAAUACAUAAAUUCAUUAUUUCUAUUCAGUCUAUUAAACAUAAAAAAAUA